CUGGCGGAGGUGUGAGGCACUGGGACACAGACACAAGGCAACACCGAACUUUCACAACGGCGAGGAACUCCGGAAGCACAAACAAGAGAGAUGGGAGACGACCGUCCCUUUGUGUGUAGUGCUCUUGGCUGUGGGCAGCGUUUUACAAAUGAAGACCAUUUGGCUGUACAUAAGCAUAAACAUGAAAUGACUCUAAAGUUUGGACCAGCAAGGACAGACUCUGUGAUCAUUGCAGAUCAAACCCCAACCCCUACACGCUUCCUAAAGAAUUGUGAAGAAGUGGGACUGUUUAAUGAGAUUGCCAGCUCAUUUGAACAUGAUUUCAAAAAGGGAGCAGAGGAUGAUGAUGACAAGAAGAGUGCAGGACCACUGGAUAUGUCUCUCCCAUCUACCCCUGACAUAAAAAUCAAGGAAGAGGAACCAGUAGAAGUGGACUCGUCCCCUCCUGACAGUCCAAAUUCUCUUGCUGAAGAAAAGGUGCCACUGAAGCCACAGGUCAGCUCUACUCCCACUCCGACAAUAGUUCGACCUGGCUCUCUACCCCUCCACCUGGGCUACGACCCCCUGCAUCCUACACUGCCUUCCCCCACGUCUGUCAUCACACAGGCUCCGCCAUCCAACAGACAGCUGGGUUCGCCUGGCAGUUCUGUCCCACUAAUGAUGCAUCUGGGAAAUGGGCAUACUGUCCCUUUCCUGCCAGGUCCUCAUGUGCAGAUGCCAUCGGUUAUAUCGCUGGCAAGGCCUCUAUCCAUGGUUCCUAACAUUCCUGGAAUCCCUGGUCCCCCGGUGAUUGGUGGUUCUGGACAUUUAUCUCCUUCAAGCUAUUCUGCUCAUUCAGAGGCCAAAAUGAGACUGAAAGCCUCCCUAACCCAACAGGCUCCAUCUUCUCUAAAUGGAGGCAUGGCAAUGGUUACAUCACGACCUGAACAGAGCCAGAUACUUGUCCAGCACCCAGAUGCCCCAUCUCCUGCACAACCUCAGGUUUCCCCUGCACAGCCCACUCCAAGUACAGGAGGUCGAAGGCGCAGAGCAGCCGAUGAGGAUCCAGAUGAGCGCAGACAGAGAUUUCUAGAACGAAAUAGAGCAGCUGCCUCCCGUUGCCGUCAGAAGCGCAAGGUCUGGGUGUGCUCUCUGGAGAAGAAGGCAGAAGAGCUUACCACUCAAAAUGUCCAGCUUAAUAAUGAGGUGACGCUUCUUAGGAAUGAAGUAGCCCAGUUAAAGCAGCUGCUGCUGGCACACAAGGACUGUCCUGUAACAGCACUGCAGAAGAAGAAUCAAGUUUAUUUGGAAAACUUAAAGGACACCUGUGACGCAACUGGAUCUCCAGGGCCAGUCACUCAGCACAGCUCCUUGACUGCUGCCUCCCCCAAUGGCCUCCGUUCUCCGGCUGAACACAUGGCCACCUCUGUGCUCACACAAAUGGCCAGCCAAAGGACAGAUGGCCACAGUCAAAUUAUGCAAUCACACGUCAUCAUGUCACCACAGUCCCAGGCAACCAGCAGAUGAUGUAACAAUGUUAUUUGACCUAGAACUAACCAGUGGAACUUCUCAGCCCGAGAGACUGAGCAACAAAAAAACUAAGCCCCAGUAACGAAUGGGCGGAUCCGGAUUAUAAAUAUAUAAGCAUAUAUAUUUGGUUUUUAAAGUUCGGUAAGGGGUGUGUAGGGAGACUUUGAAUACACGUACAGAGAUGCGCAGAUUUCAAGUGAUUAAAGCACUAACGUAAAGAUCCCAACAGGUCAAAGCACUAACAUACUGGCAAUCGUGAAAACAAGGGCUUCAUGCACUAAUGGACAUGCUUUAAAGACACCAAAACACACACCAUGUGGCCUACUAGAAUUGCAGUCCUGAUGUUUACUUGAGCAAAUGGGACUUCAACAUAAGGUUUAAGCAUUUCAGUGCCAGCAGGGUGGGUUUUUCCCCUGGUGCUCCUUGCCUGAGCACUGCACCUUCCCUUAUUAUCAGGUCCACUAUUACAGUCUACCUUAUUACUCAGAGCAACUCUUCCACAUCUCUUCUCUUCAUAUUCGGAAAAAGCAGUGGCUUCCAGCCUUUAACUGUCCAUGGCAUUUCAUUGUUGUGGCAACUCAGUGGAUACAUAUUAUGGUCAAGAGAUCCGACUAUCUACUUCAUCAGAUAUCACCUUUAUUAGGGAUUGUUUUGAAAAUGAUUUUAAAGCAUGCAAGGUUCUGAAGGGACCCACGACACAUUGCGGAGCAAUACGUAGCAGGCCCCUGCACCUAUGCAAGGAUUCAUGGAGUCAUGGCCUUUUCAAGCCAUUUAUAUAAGACAAGGAGCAGCUUUCUGAACGUCCUGCAGCACUAGCUAUUGUCAGUGCAACUUGGAUUUAACAAGGCACUCUCCAUUGCUUUAGUUUUCUAACAGCUGAACUGUGAUUGCUGUUCUUGUUAAGGAUGCUGGGUAGUUCAGUCUUCCAUGGAGACGUGUGUCCUAUUUUAACCCCUAGAUUUUACCAUUUUGAAGCCUGUCUCAAACACUAAAUAUAGCCAGCCUUGUACUCUUUGGAGUUUUCAGUAAGUCUUCCAUUCUGCUUCUAAGUGACUGAUACUCACUCCUGAGGAUUCUGCCAGAUAAAGGAAAUUCACCUUUCAGUGUAGGUCUAUGUGUUAAAAGACUAAAUAAACCAUCGCCCUUCAUCUUCAUACAUAAUGCUAAUGAAAGAGUGGAAAUAGUUGUCAUUGUGGCAGUUCCUUUUCAUGUUGCCUAGUGAAAUCAUCUGCAGAGGUUUUGUGGUGUCGGAUCAAGGACUGAACUGAUGUCUACAUGCAGGUUGCUUCCUGCUCCUCACUAUACACAGUACAAAGAGGAUUUUAGCUGUGCCCCUCCUUCUGCCCCACUUAUACAUGUAUCAGUGGUGUUUAUUUUUGUUGUUUUUCAAGCUCUUGCUUUUCUCUGUUUCAGGUAUUUGGCUAUGCACCGUGAGAGUCCUUUGUACAGAACUCUCUCGCAUUGUAAUCACAGCAAGGGAUGUCAUGGUUCUUGAUGAAUCCUAAUCCUCUCCCUUUGCUUUUUUUGUGCCUCUUCCUUGUAGUCAAGGAUAAAAACUAUGUUUUAGUGAGUGCUGCGUGAUAAUCUUACAGAGAUCAUUUGCCAGCUUUUAUUAACAGGUAGAGGAGCAAUGUUUCCUCAGUGAAGAUGCUUACAUUCUCAUGUGGAUCUUUUUAAAUAACUUUAAAAAUGUACCUAGUGUUGCAGGAAGGUCAGCGCAGCAUCCAUUUCUGUUGAAUGGUUUCAUUGGGUGAAUGGUGGGAUAGGUGGUGUUUCUUUUUUUAACAGCUGAUGGUC